CACAAGCGUCGAGACAAGGUGCUGUAUCCUCGAUUGGAGAACUUGCAAGAGACUAAAACACGCCUUGUAGUCACUCUUAUCUCUUCAUACUGCUUGCAAUCUCGCUUUCUUCGUCUGGAGCUCGCCUACUAUCAGUAUCUCGAACAAUAGCCCGCACUAUGAACCCCCUCUCGAGGUCCCAAAAUGUCCACGCGGGCAAGACAUAUGCAACUGACAAAGAUUGGCACCGUAUGCAGCCUACUAUUACCAAGCUCUAUCGAGAUGAGAAUAGAUCCCUGAGACAAUACGUGGAAGCUAGACAAGAAACUUAAAGAAGCUGAAGUAAUGGUAAUGCUUCGACAAAAGGAGGACCGCGACGCUGCAGGGAAGCGCUCUCGAUUCUUUCUCCGAGGCCAAGAAAUCAACUGGGAACGCGUGGUUCAGUAUCUGAAACAUAGGCCCGACUUACAAGAUACGUCCAGCGUUGAUAUUGCAAGAUAUCGAGAUACGAGUUCAGACAUCACAUGCUCUACACCCUCGCCGACUUUAUUCAAGAACGAAAUUCCUCGUCGGAUAACACCGCAUUCAGAUCUGCGUCUGCUUGACGAUUCCAUAAGGCUCAUACAUUCCUACCUUGAUGGGGCAUUUGAAACAGGUUUGGUAGUCAUCGAAGGGCAUAUUCUCUACGGACCAAACGGGGAACCAGCAAGACAAAGGGUCCGGAAGUGGCACGAAGACAUGGCCGACAUCCACGUACUGCUGAGCAGCAAAGAAACAACUGCUGCCUUCCGCCUUCUCAACAAGCAACUUGAUUUACUGAAGCAUCUUAUAAGGGAACAAGACCCCGAGUUGCUAUUACUAACAUUCCACGACAUCUUCGACCUGGAACCCAACCUCGCGGAGUCGCUCCUUGUCUUUGUGUGUAGGAUGCACCAGGCCAUAUUUGGCGAACACCACCCCCUCAGCUUGAUCUGGGACAAUUUCGUUCGCUUCACUGCAAAGGCCCGCUUACAGGCUGUCUUGAGAAUGGCCGCUUCUACCGCGAAGGAGAUGGAGGCGAGGAUGGGGGCUCAGUCAGUCUAUGUAGAGGCUCUAGAGUGCCUUCAGGUAGAUGUGCAUAAACAAAGGGGCUCCAAGGAUGCUUUCGGGAGUUCAUAAUGUUGACAAACCUCCAGGAAUGGCCUCCAGCACGCUUGGUUAGGACCAACAGUGGAUAAGCAAGAACAGUUGCGUCCCAAACCCAAUCAGAUAGAUUCAGCAGAAGCACAUUGACUGCAUGGUCUGUUCGAAUAUCAUUUUGAGAAUUUCAAGGUGCUCAGUAGAGAGGUC